GUCGUAAAUUUAUCGUGUGUGCAUUUCCGCCAGCGGACGGAAACGAACUCGCCUAGUCCAACCUGCAGUGUCACGUGACCAUUGUAGCUGUAUAGCCGUCAAGAUUAUUAUGACAGAGACGUCAAAAUUCCCUGUCUUGUCAGUUUAGCGAAUAAACUGGACCGGUAAGCACCGGACAUCGUUGCUGUAAGUCUCGUCGUACGAGAAUUGUCUUGCGCUCUUGAUGUACACGCAGACAAUCAAAAUGCCGGUCCAAAAGGAUUCGAAUAUCGUAAAGAUUGCCGUUCAAAUGACAGAACAAGUGCCGCAACUUAUUGAGUUUAAUCAGAAGCAACCGCUGACUGGAAUUAUUCAGGAGUUAUGUAAUGGAUGGGGUUUGUCCGAUGCAGAAUCCUACUCCUUGCAGUUUUCUGACAGUAAUAAUCAGAAUUAUAUCACGGAAAAAAACAGAAAUGAAGUAAAGAAUGGCAGCAUUCUCAGAUUGGAAUUUUCACCAUCAAAAACAGCAAAUGAUAUCUUGGCUAAACUUAACAACGGGGCAAUGGAGGAGAAAGUAGGAGCUCUGCAGAAACUGAGUAAACUUAGUAUAGACAUGACAUUUGCAUUAGAAUUUAUAAACAAAAAAGGAUUGGCAUUAAUCAUUUCACAAAUAGAAGGUGGAAAGUACAAAGGAAAUGCACUUGCAUAUUCCCUUCAGUCAUUUGUAGAGUUGAUGGAUCAUGGAAUUGUGUCAUGGGAUAUAUUGGAAACACCCUUUAUCAACAAAGUAGCAAGUUAUGUGAACAAUCAGUCGAUAACUCAGGAUACUAACAUAAUAGAAGCUUCUCUAAGUAUUUUAGAAAACAUAGUCCUGAACUCAACGGGAAAAUAUGGACAAGUGGAAAAGGAAGUGACUUUUCCCAAUCUUGUAAUGUAUCUGCAAUGCAUGAACGCUCAAAUUCAACAGAACACUGUAGCACUUAUAAAUGCAUUAUUUUUGAAAGCUGAUCUGUAUAAGAGGCGUGCUGUUGCCGCCACAUUACAAUCCAAACAAGUCAGAAAUGUGUUUCUGACAAACAUCAUACAAUCUACUGGACAGGUCGGUGCGGAAAUGGCGCAUCAGCUGUACGUACUGCAAACGUUGAUGUUGAGUUUAUUGGAACAACGAAUGAUGACGAAGAUGGACCCGCAAGAUCAGGACGCGCACGACAAGAUCAAGGAACUUCGCAGGAUCGCCUUCGACACGGAAGGUGCAACUGGUGGAGACAUUACCGCUCGUAAACAAGGACUGUUUGCUAAAGAUUACAAAAAGCUAGGCUUCAAGUUCGAUAUUAAUCCUGCUCUUGACUUUACCGAGACACCACCGGGUAUGCUCGCGCUCGACUGUAUGGUAUAUUUCGCGCGUAAUCACACGGAGGGUUAUACGAAAGUCGUUCUUGAGAAUUCUUGCCGCGCGGACGAGCACGAAUGUCCCUUCGGUAGAACGAGCGUAGAACUCGUUAAGCUACUUUGCGAGGUAUUGCGUAUUGGUGAAGCACCCAGCGAACAAGGCCAAUCGUAUCAUCCGAUGUUCUUUACGCACGACCACCCUUUCGAGGAGUUCUACUGCGUCUGUAUAGUUCUACUGAACAAGACAUGGAAAGAAAUGCGAGCCACCACGGAGGAUUUUGUUAAAGUCUUUUCCGUUGUACGCGAACAAAUCACUAGGGCACUGCAGUGCAAGCCCACAGGCUUAGAUAAGUUCAAGAGUAAGUUACAGCAACUGACUUACUCGACGAUAACUAAUCUUUGGCAGCAGGAGAGGACAAGUAGGGAGGAAUGGGAGAGCCACGCGAGGCCAAUCGUUGAACUCAGAGAGCAGAUCACUCCGGAAAUCUUAGAGUUAAUUCAGCAACAGCGAUUAGGCUUUCUAGUUCAGGGCACCAGAUUCAUGAAGUACAGUGCCAGAGGACAAAGAAUCAAAGAUAAGUUCUGGUACGUCCGCUUAUCGCCAAAUCACAAAGUGUUCCAUUACGGAGACUGUGAUGAGAAGUCUGUGCCAACUAUCGACGAUCUUCCAACGAAAUUGGCGGUAGUCGAAAUUCGACAUCUGAUAACCGGCAGGGAUUGUCCGCACAUGAAAGAUUUGCAAAGACGGAAAACUACUCACCAAUUGGCUUUCUCCUUGGCCUUGGAUUCCGUCGAAAUGUCCAGUCUUGAUUUCGUCGCCCCCGACGAGCAGGUUUUCGAUUAUUGGACGGAUGGCAUCAAUGCUUUACUUGGAACUGCAAUGAUAAGCAAGGAGGCACAAAACGACUUGGAGACUCUUUUAUCGAUGGAUAUUAAGCUAAGACUUCUAGACGCCGAAGGAAUUGAUAUUCCGCAAGAUCCACCCGCUAUACCCGAGCCACCGCCGAACUACGACUUUUGUUACGAAUUGAAGUAAAGGUUGUAUAUCGUGUUCAUUUGUCCCUUUGCGAAUCGUGUUACUGUACACUGAUUGAUUUUAUAAUAGGCUUGUUAGUCACGAACUUUGUACGUGUGCGUAUAUUUUUUAUAUUCUAUUUUCGAUCUCAUCUCAUCUCAUGUAUCCGUAUUACAACUGUAAUACGAGUCUAGAUUUUUUUAGGCCGUAACUUUUUCCAUCGCAUAUUUUAAUCGUACGAGAAACAGCACAGUACGUCGUACCAAAGAAACUUCUUUUAAACUCUUUAUAUAUAUAUAUAUACUCGAAUUAUACAUUUAUUUAGAAGCUUUUUUAGAAGAUAUUUAUGCAUUCCAAAUGGAAUACUGUGUAUAAAAGUACUAUUGUAAUCACAUUGAUAAUAUUUUUACUAUAUUUCCAUCGACUUCAAUUGGGCCUGACAGCACACCGUCGGCCUAUUGCGAGACAUAUUGAUAUUUUAUAUAGUAUUAUCUUUCAUCCACUUAGCUAUACUUUGUCAGUAUUUUAUACUAAUCUGUGCGACCGGCAUGAUGCAAUUAAUAAAUCAUGUAACUCAG